CUAGAUAAGCGCGCUCAUCGCUUAUAUCGCAUCGCAUCUAUCGCGAAUUUGUAGUUGUAACGUGCUGUGGCUGCUUUAAAUUGCACCAUAAGUUACGGUUUGUGAGUGAAUAUUCAAAAUAUGCAAUGAUUAUAGUCAAAUUGAGCACUUUUUUGUAUAGAUUUAACAACAAAAAUUUCCUUAUGUGAAAGAAGCUCGUGUGUACGCGUUUUGCCACCCAAAUGUUGUGCUACAGAAAAAACAUAUAAUUUUAAUGUUUCAAGUUCAAGAAUUAAUGAAAAAAGGCGAAUAUCAGCUUCAACGAAGUGAAAAAAUAAUUUCUCCACACAAAAACACGUUUGAGUAUACAAACAAUUACGUAAUAUGCAAUGAAAUCGUCUGAAGUUGUUAACUAACUUUGAAGAUAAUGUGAAGAUUAGAACAAAAGUGAUUACAGAUGAGCUAGAAACACCGCGCAGCUAAAUGUAUUACUCAGUGAUUUGUAGCGGUGUGCUUUCGUUAACAAACAACAACGAAACUUAAAAAUACAAAUUUGACAACACAAAAAUUGAUUGAAAAUAUUUAUAUAGCUGCUAUGUGUGUAUGACUUUAAAAUCAAGCUAAAAUGGAUAGAACAAUGUAUGGAAAAUUUGAUCCCGGUGCACGGCAGCCUUAUCGUACGAUACGAGCAAAAGGAAUACAACCCGGAUACGCACUCCUCGCCGAUCUGCAGAGCAGCGUGCCCGGCAAUCGUCCACCACAGUACAAUACCUCAAAUAUUAAUUAUGGCGAUAGCUCAGGCUAUGGCAGUUUGCGUGGUAAAGCAGCGCCGCCACCGGUAGUGCAUCAAGAACACUACAGCGUUACCGAAACCAGAACAGCGCCAUCACCAACUCGAAGUGUUGGCGGCUACAAUGGUUUGGGCAGCAGCAUCGGAUCGUCACCCGUGGGGCAGUCAUAUAAUUAUCAAAAUCAAGGAACACUUGGACGAACAGGCGGUGCUUAUAAUGGUUCUCCCGUGCAACAAAACUCGAAAAAUCUAUCUGAACUGGAUUCGCUUUUGGAAGAUUUGAGUAAUGCCAGAUAUAAUAGUAAUUAUGAAAAAAAAGAAAACAUAGUGCCAACGAGUUACAACUCAAACUCUAAGUAUAAUACCUACAAUUCCAGCGAUGAGCGGCCAACAAUUGAUAGCCUCCUUAGUGAAAUGGAUAACGCCUCAAACUAUGCUGUACCUAAUGGCCUUACCAAGUCGCCGACGCCUGGACGACAUGUUAGCAUUACAGUUCGUGAGACCAAAACUGAGACACUUGCGCCAGAAGGCCCUGUUGGCAUUGUUGAGAAGGAAAUCGUACAGAAUGACAUUUAUCUGCCAAAUCAAGCGCCGCCAUCAGGUUACGCAUCAUCAGCAACUAAAGAGUUGGACGAUUUAAUGGCAUCGCUGUCUGAUUUUAAGGUUAAUAACGGUUCGAACCAUCACCACCAGACAGUUACCGAUUACGCUAAGCCGAAUAAGGGCGUAUCACAUUUAACGCAAACUAUCACCGAGACCACCACUUCUACCGUUGUAGAAGAUAACGAACCAGAUCAGUUGGAUUCUAUGCUUGGUAGUUUACAAGCCAAUAUGAGUCGUCAAGGAGUCAAUACCGUGCAAAAGGGCUGCUGCAAUGCUUGCGAAAAGCCAAUUGUGGGCCAAGUGAUUACAGCCUUGGGCAAGACCUGGCAUCCAGAACACUUCACAUGCAACCACUGCAACCAGGAGUUGGGCACACGCAACUUCUUCGAACGCGAUGGCUUCCCAUACUGUGAGCCGGACUACCACAACUUGUUCAGUCCACGUUGCGCUUACUGCAAUGGCGCUAUUUUAGAUAAAUGCGUAACAGCUUUGGAUAAGACAUGGCACACGGAGCACUUCUUCUGCGCACAAUGCGGACAGCAAUUUGGCGAGGACGGUUUCCAUGAACGCGAUGGCAAACCCUAUUGUCGCAAUGAUUACUUCGAAAUGUUCGCGCCCAAGUGCAAUGGUUGCAAUCGUGCUAUUAUGGAAAACUACAUCUCGGCGCUGAACUCGCAAUGGCAUCCUGACUGCUUCGUCUGCCGGGACUGUCGGCGACCCUUCCAAGGUGGCUCUUUCUUCGAUCACGAAGGUCUACCCUAUUGUGAGACACAUUACCAUGCAAAACGCGGCUCUCUUUGCGCCGGCUGCUCUAAACCCAUCACAGGUCGCUGCAUUACUGCCAUGUUCAAGAAGUUCCAUCCGGAACAUUUUGUGUGCGCCUUCUGCUUGAAGCAGCUCAAUAAAGGCACCUUCAAGGAACAAAACGACAAGCCAUAUUGCCACGAAUGCUUUGAAAAGGUUUUCGGAUAAAUAGUUUAACUAAAAUCAUCGCCCAAUAGUCAAGACUAUCACAACAGUCGCAUAUACUGUACAUGCAUACAUACUAAAUACAUAAAAAUUAUGUAUGCCGCUUAUGUUGUUACUGUUAGACGAUGGAAAAACGCGUGUUUAUUUUUUAUUUGAAAGAUAACAUUUUAUAAUUUCAACUUUUUCGCUAUUUCAAAAUUGUAUUUUUUUGCCACGUAACUUGAAAUGUAAAAUAAUUUUGCGCAAACAUUCAAACUUUAGCAUAUAGUUUAUAAUAUUUAAUUAAUUAUAUAUUUUUUUAUUAACCCCAAUUGCUUAAUGUAACCCAUGCUUAAAUGUUAUGCCGACCAAUCAUUUUUAUUUUUAGACAAUUUUUUGUACAAUCUUUUCUUCGUUUUUUCUGUAAACAAAAAUUCGUAAGUUGCAGGUAACAUUUUUAUAAUUUACUGUUAUUAGGUAUACAAAUUACAUUUGUCUUAUAAACUCUAAACUUUGUUGAUAAUAUGUACUAAAAGUAAUCGUUUAUUAUUCGAGUUUGCAAUCGAAAUAAAAGUCGUCUAUAUUCCAACUGUUGGAAGUUCCGGAAAAUUGUAAGAGAUUGUUACCAUAUACUUAUAAAGAGUCAUGAGCAAUUAUUUACGAUUGAAAUUUAUUGGGGAAGCGAAUAAAUCGAUUUGAAUAAAUUUAUAAAGAAACAAACUA